UGUGAAUGUUUCCGUGGGCCUAUCAUCAUUGUCGUCUCUCACAAGUCGCAACACAGAGAGAGAUGGCGACGGCGUCGUUUAGGUGGAUCUUGCAGCUACACAGAGACGUACCAAAAGCGGCUCGAUUCUACGAGAAAGGUCUCGAUUUCUCCGUCAAUGUCGUCACCUUACGUUGGGCUGAACUUCAUUCUGGUCCUCUCAAGCUAGCUCUUAUGCAAUCUCCCAGCGAGCAUGUGAUGAGUGAGAAGGGAUACUCUUCCUUACUAUCGUUCACUGUGGCAGACAUUAAUUCAACAAUCUCUAAACUUAUGGAAUUAGGAGCUGAACUCGAUGGCUCUAUCAAAUACGAAGUCCAUGGCAAGGUUGCUUCUGUGAGAUGUCUUGAUGGUCAUGUGCUCGGUCUCUAUGAACCUUCAUAGAUUAUCAAUUUAUCAGUUCAUGCCUUUUUGCUGUUCGAUUAUAUCAUAGUGGGUUUGUUUUUCAUGUUUCGACCCGUUUAAUAAUAAGAUCAUCUUAAG